CAGCCUGUCGAUCAAUGGUCGGUGUGCAGCGAAGAGAAGAACCGUGCGCUGAAGUUAGUCCGCUGGGUUAAACUGAGGGAACACUUUUCAAACUAAAGCUGUUGAAGGGCUCGCGCGCGGCUACAACUUUAGGACCAGCGGCUGUCCAGGGUCCGGGUCCGGGUCCAGGAUCCAGGAUCCAGGGUCCAGGGUCCAGGGUCCAGGGUCCAGUGUCCAGGGUCCGGUCCACGGGAUGUCUCUGCGUUAAAUGACUUGUUUCCAGCGGCUGCAGAGGAAUGUCCUGGCCGGGGAGAUGAACCAUGGCCUGGCAAGUGUGGUCAAAACUGUGCUGUGGUCAGAAAUGGCUGCUCCUCCUCUCCCCCCUCUUCCUCCUCUUCCUCACCAUCUCUGUGAUGACCAUGACUCUCCCCCUUGCUCUGCCGCAUGCUGACGCUGACUGGCGGUCGUCGCGAGCCCUGAGCUCGGCCGGGGGGUUCAGACCCGGGCUCAGAGUCAUGGAGCCCCUCACUCACAGGGCCUGGACAUCCAGCACUGGAAAAGAGACAUCUAAACAUUCAGUGCCACCGAAACCUUCUGGGGACACUGCUGGCGUUAACAAAAACAGCUUCAAAGAGAGGAGUCACACAGAAUUACACAGAAACAAACACAAAAACAAAGGCAUUGCUUCCAAGAGAAAAGAGAUGGCAGGCGCCAUCCAGCUUUCAACCAUCAAUCAGCAUGGCCGUCUCCCACAAUUUACAGUCAACAGAACAGGGCCAAAGCAUAGAAUUAAGCCCAACAACCACAGUGCUGUGGUGAAGCACGGGGCACAGACCUUUAUUUAUCUUGAAAGGAGCAGAUCCAGCGCAGCACAUUUCCCUGCGGCAGAGAGCCUGAAGAGUGGCAGACGAGCUGCAGAGCGACAGGAGGACAGACACACAAACACACAAAUACAUGGCAGCCAUACAAGUGCACAGCUGGCUGUGGAAAAACACAGACAAGCAACAACGCACUCUGGGAAAUUUGACAGAGUGGGUAAGGAGCAGCAGGCUGUGAAAAAGCCCUCCAGGGAUCUGAAAAAACGCCCUAAUCUCUUUGAGGAUCCCUCUGAAGCCGAGAGGAACCCUGGGUCGUUGGAGCGUAAGAAGGCUUUGUCCAGAGCCGAGGUCGCCGCGGAGACAGAGGACGGCGGCUGGUGUCACAGCUUUAGAGAGCAGGACUUCCCAGACGCAGACCACAGGAGGAUCAGGAUUAGUCCAGAUCUGCGGCCUCUCCCCUGGCUCAGCGAGGAUGACAUCCAGAAGAUGGAGCUCCUGGCUGGGGGAGAGGUGCUCAGUAAGGCCAGGGUGCCUGCACACGGACAGGUGCUCCGAGUGGAGCUGGAUCCUCCAGCACCGCAGCAGCAGCCAUCAGGGCAGAGGGGUGGCCCUGAGCGUGCAGCUGGCCGCAGACAUCCAGAAGGCCUGGCCGAGCGCUGCCAGCAGGGCCACUGCUCCCUGAUCAAACGCACUGAUGACUGGUUCGAGGUGUUAGCCUUCCACCUGGACAGGGUGCUGGGGCUCAACAGAAGUCUCCCUGCGGUGCUCCGAACCUUCCACAGCCCUGUUUUACCGUACCGAUACACCAGCGGCACCCCCCGGCCUGUAGUGUGGUGGGAUCCAGAUAUUCAGCACCUCGCUGACACAGACAACGACCAGAACUCGGUGGCGCUCAGCUGGGCCCAGUACCAGAAGCUGCUGCAGGUCCGCUGUGGGACGGAGGCAGAGCUGAGGUCAGCGCCCUGCGUGGGAGUUCAGCACUCAGAGUGGGGCAGACUGGCUCUCUUCGACUUCUUAUUACAGGUGAACGACCGGCUGGACAGGUACUGCUGUGGUUUCAUCCCGGAGCCCACUGAGCUGUGUGUGGAGAACCGGCUGCACGCCAAGUGUGGCAGCACCAAGGACCUGCUGCUGGUCCACAUCCUGGUGAGGAAGGCAGACCCCUCCAGACUGGUGUUCAUAGACAACGCGGGCAGACCGCAGCAGUCCACCAACAACCUCAACUUCCAGCUGGUGGAGGGCAUCGAUGAGUUUCCAGAGAGAGCCGUGGCGGUGCUCCAGUCAGGCUGUCUGUCCAGUCUCCUUCUACGCUCCCUUUACACAGACAGGGAAUUCUGGGACAGCCGAGGCGGGGCCAGCGGUCUCAGGCCUCUCAUCCACACUGUGGAGCGCAGAGGCCAGAUUCUCCUCCAGCACAUCAGAGACAGGAAGCUGCAGCUCAACAGGGACCUGUGACUGGGCCAACCAGGCUCCACACAUCCUUUUCCAGGAGUUACAAUAAAUACAUCAUCAACAAUGACAACCUCAGGGUCCCUAACCCUAACCCUAUUACUGCCUUUUAAUAGCCAACAGUGGUGAGAUUAUAUUUUAAAGUCCAACUGAACUCAGAAAAGGCCAUCCUGUCAAAAAUUAUGUCAGAAGUGAUAUUAUUAAUAUGUUUAUUACUUGAAGAGAAAAAAAGAUCAGAAAUGCUCCUUUAGCCUCCAAACCUGAGAGUGGGAGGCAAAGCUGCCAGGGCCAGCAUGACACGAUGUAAAAGUUAGCUGUUAGCUUAGCAGCCAGGCACCGGCCGAGUUCUGUUAGCGAAGCGAAGAGCACCAAGUGUUAAGAUGCUAAAUGUGUUGUAGCUGACCAGCUGAUAUAUUUGUUGGUUAGUACUGGUUAGGGUUGAAACUCCAUUCCACGUUUUCACAGCUACAUUACACCCAGAUUCUCACAUAGCACACAUACAUACACACAAGCACACGGCCAAUGUUAGCUAGUCAUUGAGCCAUUGAGGCAUCGAGUUGCCCGCUGCUCAUUUGCAUAAUGUUGAAUCCAGGCUACUUUAUGUAAAUGAGGAGCGGCCGGCUCGGCUCGCCGCCUCUCAAAAGCUGAAUCGGAAAUCUUUUAAAGUGACCUUUUUAGAUCUAAAAAUAAGAGAUUGUAUUCUGAACGAGCCCCCAUUAUGGUCAGUUUUUAAAUCCGGGAGCAGCAUUUGUCCAAUCAGGUGCAGUCAUCACAGUUGUAGGAGGGUGGAGCCUGUUUUCCUUAUUUGUAGGUGGUCAUUGAAGAGAAACUGGUGGCAGCCAACUAGCGUGCAAUGCUGGGAAGCGGAGCAAUCCCUGCCAUGAAAACAACGCAAAUAUGGACUCGUACUAUCAUGCACUGCAGCACUGUUAUGUGUGAAAAAAAAAAAACUUUCUCUAUCGUGUUACUAAAAUGUAGCACUUGAAGCAGUUUAGCAUGUUAUAAAUUGUAUGUAUUUGCAUGAUUUUUGAAAUUUGUCAGUAGCACUACGGUUAAAUGGUUGAAAGUGGCUUUGGAUGAAAACGUAUACGUAAUGUAAUGUUUA